AUGGUGCUAUGGCAACUUGAGGUCAUACCGAUUCGGGACAGAUUAUUAAUAAGACGCAUCUUUCCUGUCACCAAUAUCGAACACGACUUCCCCUUCCCCAUCGUCAUACUUGACCUCGACAUGUCUGUAUCGCAAAGUGGUCAGGUUGUUGGUGUCAUUGGCCCUGCGGGAUUUGGAGGUUCAUACCUAUGUGUUGAACUUAUCCGGAGAGGACAUGCAGUUAUUGGACUCUCACGCAACCCUGAAUCCUUUGGUACAUGCCCAGGCUAUACACCCAGAAGGCUUGACAUUGAGUCAGCUAGCAUAAAAGAUCUGGCUAAAACUUUCGACGAUAUCGACGUAUUGGUGAGCCAAUAUGGUCCACACACACAAGGAGCAAAUGCACUUCAAUACAUGCCGUAUGUAGAGGUGGUUAGGAAACUUGUUCUAGCUUUCAAGUUGGCCAAUAUCAAAUACUUCGUAUUUGUGGGAGGAGCUGGCAGCCUUGUGGUCCCUAAAACACAUGAGUCUCUAGCAGACGACCCAAACUUUUUCCUUUCAUAUCGCCGGCAGAUGGCAGAAAGCAAUGCGCACGUACAAUACAUGGAAGAGCGUCUUGGUCCGAUUGGGAAAGACUUACGUUUAUACCGAAAUGCUCGUCUCGCCGUCAAAUCUGGAAAAGCUACCACCACGGACCUGCACACCAUAGAGACAUAUGAAGACAACAUCUGCAAAAACGAUCAAGCCUCCGAUUAUAUCAAAGCAGGGAGGGCUACGCUCUUGUUUUUUGAAGGAAACACGUCAUUUCCGUGGACGUUUGUCUCGCCUAGCCCAUUAUACAGACCAGGUCCACGAACGGGGAGCUACGAGAUUACCAUCGACUAUGUUCCUUUGAAGGGAGUUCAAAAUAAGGAAAAUAUAUUAGAUGGGCGGUUGACAGGAAUCUCAGCGGCAGACUUGGCGGUUGCCAUUGUGGACGAAAUUGAGUCUCCGCAGCUUCUACACAAGCACUGGACUGCCUCGGCCGACUUGUCUAAUGACAUAGCCUAUCCCUGCUAUGUAACAGCCAAGGACAUAUAG